UUACAGCUACGGCUUCAGCAGAGGAGGACCCGUGAGCAGCUGGCAGACCAAGGCAUCAUGCCACCACUGAAAAGCCCAUCCGCAUUCCAUGAACAGCGAAAAAGUCUGGAGCGAGCCAAGACUGAAGAUUAUCUCAAGCACAAGAUCAGAAGCAGGCCUGAGCGAUCAGACCUGGUCAAUAUGCACAUUUUACAAGACUCAGCUGCAGAGGGGUCCAUUCAAUCUACUCAAAUGAAGCUGAAAAGAGCCCGACUGGCAGAUGAUCUCAAUGAAAAGAUCGCUCUCAGGCCGGGUCCUUUGGAGCUGGUGGAGAAGAAUAUUAUCCCUGUCGACUCAGCUGUGAAAGAGGCCAUAAAAGGCACCCAGGUCAGCUUCCCCAAGUCGGCCGACGCCUUUGCCUUCGAGGAGGACAGCAGCAACGAUGGGCUGUCUCCAGAGCAGGCCAGGAGCGAGGACUCCCCGGGCUCCACAGAGUCGGCGGCCCGCAGCAAGGCACCGGAGCCUCUGAGUUCCCACAGGGGUGGCAGGAGCUCUUCUCCCAGCUAAUCCCUUUUCUUCUUGGACCAACAGUCGAAAUCAUCCAGUGACAGCAAGAACCGUCACAAAAAGCCCAAGGACACCAAGCCCAAGGUGAAGAAGCUGAAGUAUCACCAGUACAUCCCUCCGGACCAGAAGGCAGAGAAGUCCCCUCCACCCAUGGACUCUGCAUAUGCCAGACUCCUCCAGCAGCAGCAGCUCUUUCUGCAGCUCCAGAUCCUCAGCCAGCAGCAGCACCAGCAGCAGCAGCAGCACCAGCAGCACCAGCAGCAACAGCAGCAGCACUUCAACUACCCAGGGAUGCACCAAGGCCAGCUAAAGCAAUCAAAUGAGCAAAUGGUCAAAAGUUCAAAUUCUUCAUCGACUUCUGUCAACAACACUCCUCUUUCUCCUGUGAAAACCACCUUUUCAGGCCAGACUUGUGUCUCCUCUAUCAAGCCAGGCCCUCUGCCGUCUAACCUGGAUGAUCUGAAAGUGUCAGAACUGAGACAGCAGCUCCGAAUACGAGGCCUGCCUGUGUCAGGCACCAAAACAGCACUGAUGGAACGAUUGCGGCCCUUCCAGGAGUGCGGCAGCAACACGGUGCCAAACUUCAGUGAGAUCACCACUGUCACCUUCCCCGUCACUCCGACAAGCACCCUGUCGAGUUACCAGUCACAGUCUUCCACUAGCAUGUUAUCAAAUGGCUUCUAUCACUUUGGUAGCACCAGCUCCACCCCACCCAUCUCUCCAGCCUCCUCCGAUCUCUCUGUGAGCGGCUCUUUGCCAGACACAUUCAACGACGGGCCCAUGUCUUCUCCACAGUUCGGUCUCCAGCCAUCUCCAGUUCAUGGCAGUGCUGAGGAAAGCCUCAUGAGCAGCAUGAAUGGAGGGAGCAUCCAGCUGGAGCUGGAAGGGAUUGACACAGAGAAAGACAAGAUGCUGGUGGAGAAGCAGAAGGUCAUCAACGAACUGACGUGGAAGCUGCAGCAAGAGCAGAGGCAGGUGGAAGAGCUACGGAUGCAGCUCCAGAAGCGUAAGAGAAGCAAUGGCCUUGAGGAGAAGCAGCAGCCUGCUCAGCAUUUCUUUGGUGUCCCCAUCAAGCAAGAAAAUGCAGUGUCCAGCUGUCCAUUUGCAUCCAAACAAAAUGCCUUGAAAGGCCAAGCCAGCAGCUCGGAUAAGUUAAGUAACUGUGGGGUGCCGCAGCUGCCUCACAUUGUAAAUAGCCACUGCUUGGAGCCUGCAGGGCAAAGCACCAUCACCUCCUCGACAUUCCUGAGCCCGCAGUGCUCCCCCCAGCACUCUCCGCUCGGGGCUGCAAAGAGCCCCCAGCACAUCAGCCUGCCGCCAUCCCCCAACAGCCACUAUCUCCUCUCGGUGUCUCCUGGCUCACAGGCAGAAGGGCGCAGCAGGUCCCCGCAGACCAACAGGGAGUGCAGUGCUCAGCUGGCAGGCACUGGACCUUCAGAUGAGGCAGGUCAAAAGUUCUCUAUUCCAUCCCCAAGUUUUUGUAAGUCAAGCCCAGCCCUCUCAGAGCUAAAGCAGCCUCCACCCUAUGAGGAUGCAAUAAAGCAGCAGAUGACACGAAGUCAGCAGAUGGACGAGCUACUGGACGUGCUGAUUGAGAGCGGAGAAAUGCCAGCCAAUGCCAAGGAUGAUCGGUCUUGCCUCCAGAAAGUACCUCAGAUAACCGUGUCUACAGGGAACUCCAGCGCUUCUCUCCCAAAGUCAUCCACCGCCUUCGAGCAGGUCUCCUCAGCCCAGCUCUCCUUCGAGCACUGUCCAGGCAGCAGCGAUGCGGGAGAAGAGCCCCACUUCGAAGGGAUGAUGGAGGGGUUCUCCGGCAAAGCUGCAGAUGAACUGCUCACCUCCCAGGAGAUUUUACAGACUCCCCUCUCACCUAUGGAAACCCAGCUCUCCCCUUCCCCUGUCGAUGGCUCUGGUUUACAAAUGAGUUUCACUGAAUCUCCGUGGGAAACUAUGGAGUGGCUGGGCCUCACCCCCCCCAGCUCCGCCACCGGCUUUGGCUCGCUCACCCCCGUGGGUCCCAGCAUCUUCAACAUUGAUUUCCUAGAUGUUACUGAUCUCAAUCUAAACACCAGCAUGGACCUGCACCUGCAGCAGUGGUGA